GUAAAAUAGAAUUCGUCCUCGCCUGUGUAAAUUUCAUUUCAGAGACCUCUCGUAUCAUAGAUUUUAGGGAGGAGAAAAGCGGAAUAUUGAGAAACUAGGGUUUGGUUUUGGUGAUCAGAGUAGUCAUUAGCCAAGGUUUCAUCUUGAUCGGUCGGUUAAGCAGUUGUUUUGAAUUGUUAAAUUGCAGAAUGGAGGUGGAUGCAAAAAAUGGAAUAAAGAGACUGGAGUACUUAUCUCUACUUUCUAAGGUGUGUGAAGAGCUUGAAGCGUACUCGGUGCCUUCAGAUAAAGUUUUAGCAGAGUUUGUAACAGAUCUCGGGCGUAACAGCGAGAAGGUCGAAGAUUUUGAUUCUAAGCUGAGGGAGAAUGGUGCAGAAUUUCCGAAAGACCUGCUAAGUACCUUGUUCACGAUUAUUCAUGCAAUUCUUGGUCCUGCUUCCAAAUGCAAGAGCAUGAAUAAGGAAAGAAAAAACGAGAUUUCGGGGCUCUCUGUGCUGGAUAUAGAUAAGGAAAUUGAACAAGAGUCAGUAGCAGCAGAGCCUCAUGUUUUGGGGGUUUAUACAGGGAAGGACAUUUUUUACAUGAACAAACCCUUCUCCCAUGCUUUUAGCUCAAAUCCCAAUCUAGCCAGUUUAAAUAAUUAUAGGGCAACCCCUUCACUGUCGGGGGUCACAAUUGUGGAGGAGGAGAAGGAAAAGGAGAACCCGCGGAAGAAGAGGAGAAUGAGCUCCCCUGAAAGAUGGGAAAUAAAACAACUGACUGCAGCGGGGUGGAAGCCUACGGAUACUUUUUCUGAUUGUGAAGAGGACGAGGAGGAUGUUGAAAUUGAAAUUGAAUUAAACGAGGAAGAGCCUGCUUUCUUGCACGGUGAACAUCGCCACUCCACGGAUAUGCCCCCUGUUAAGAUUUUGAAGGAUCCAGAUGGUUCACUUCAGCGGGCAGACACGACGCAAUCAGCAUUCUGUAAAGAGAAAAGAGAAGUGAGAGAACGACAGCAGAGGAUAAAGUUGGACUCAAUCCCCAAUGAUUUGAAUCGACCGUGGGAGGAUCCAAUGCCGGAGCCAGGGGAAAGGCAUUUAGGGCAGGAGUUGAAAGGUGUAUGGCGUUCAACAUACGCUAUACCUGAGUGGAAGAAGGAUGCAUUCGGAAAAGCUUCCACUUUUGGACAGCGCUCAAAGCUUUCAAUUCAAGACCAAAGGCAGAGUCUUCCAAUCUUCAUGCUCAAGAGGGAAUUGAUCAACGCAGUAAAUGACAACCAAGUUCUCGUUGUUAUUGGAGAGACUGGGUCUGGAAAGACAACUCAAAUAACCCAAUUUUUGGCAGAGGCAGGCUACACGACCUCAGGUAAGAUUGCCUGCACUCAACCUCGUAGAGUAGCAGCUAUGUCUAUAGCAAAAAGAGUAGCAGAGGAAUUUGGAUGUAGGUUGGGAGAUGAAGUUGGUUAUGCUAUCCGAUUUGAGGACUGCACAGGGCCAGACACUUUGAUCAAGUAUAUGACUGAUGGUACACUAUUCAGAGAGCUUUUAGUAGACAGCCAACUUUCACAGUAUUCCGUAGUCAUGCUGGAUGAGGCUCAUGAGAGGACAGUUCACACGGACGUGCUCUUUGGGCUUCUGAAGCAGCUGAUCAAACGCAGACCUGAUAUUAGGUUAAUUGUCACUUCGGCAACCCUAGAUGCUGAGAAGUUCUCAGGUUAUUUUCUGAACUGCAAUAUUUUCACCAUUCCUGGAAGAACUUAUCCUGUAGAAGUGUAUUAUAGUAAACAACCGGAAACCGACUAUCUAGAUGCCGCACUGCUCACAGUACUGCAAAUUCACCUGGAAGAACCGGAAGGUGACAUUCUUCUCUUCUUAACUGGGCAAGAGGAAAUUGACACUGCCUGCCAGAUUCUGUAUGAGCGAAUGAAAGGGCUAGGGAGCAAUGUUCCUGAACUAAUCAUACUUCCAGUAUAUAGUGCUCUUCCGAGUGAGAUGCAAUCAAGGAUUUUUGAGCCUGUUCCUCCUGGGAAAAGGAAAGUGAUUGUUGCUACCAAUAUUGCAGAAGCUUCACUCACCAUUGAAGGAAUAUAUUAUGUCGUGGAUCCCGGAUUCUCUAAGCAAAAUGUAUACAACCCAAAGCAAGGAAUGAACUCUCUGAUUGUUUCUCCUAUUUCUCAAGCAUCAGCCAAGCAACGUGCUGGACGGGCUGGGCGUACUGGUCCAGGCAAGUGUUAUCGCCUUUAUACAGAGAGUGCAUAUCGUAGUGAGAUGUUGCCUACCACUGUGCCAGAAAUACAGAGUAGUAAUCUUGGAUUCAUAACGCUGAACAUGAAGGUCAUGGGAAUUAAUGAUCUUAUCUCAUUUGAUUUUAUGGAUCCCCCUUCUCCUCAAACCCUCACAGCUGCAAUGGAACAACUCUACAGCUUGGAGGCUUUGGAUGAAGAGGGACUUCUAACUAUGCUAGGUAGGAAGAUGGCUGAAUUCCCUCUGGAGCCUCCUCUGUCAAAGAUGCUCAUUGCUAGUGUUGGUCUUGGCUGUAGUGAUGAGAUUGUAACCAUAAUAGCCAUGCUUCAAACUCAAAACAUUUUUUAUCGGCCCCAAGAGAAGCAGGCUCAAGCUGAUCAGAAGAGGGCAAACUUUUUCCAGCCAGAAGGUGAUCACUUGACUUUAUUGGCAGUGUAUGAGGCCUGGAAGGCUAAUAACUUCUCAGUUCCCUGGUGCUUUGUGAAUUUUCUUCAUUAUAGGUCUUUAAGGAGGGCAGAAGAUGUCAGGAAGCAACUGCUUAUGAUUAUGGACAGGUAUAAAAUGGAUGUUGUGAGUGCUGGAAACAACUCUAUGAAAAUACAGAAGGCAAUUGCUGCAGGUUUUUUCUUCCAUGCAGCUAGGAAGGAUCGUCAGGAAGGGUAUCGUACUAUAGUUGGAAAUCAUCUAGUCUAUAUUUAUCCUAGCAGUGCUCUUUUCCAACGCCAACCUGAUUGGGUGAUUUAUCAUGAACUUGUUAUGACUAGCAAAGAGUACAUGCGCGAAACAACUAUUGUUGAUCCAAAAUGGUUGGUGGAAUUAGCACCGAGGUUUUUCAGAAAAGCUGAUUCUACAAAAUUGAGCAAGCGCAAGCGGCAGGAGUGCAUCGAACCUCUAUAUGACCAAUAUCAUGAACACAACUCCUGGCGUUUCAGCAAACGUCAUGGCUAGUAGACCAUAUUCUCAGAGGAGUAAUAGGCAUACCAUGUUUGUGGCUCACAUUGUAAACCAAUCGACUGUUAUAUAGGGCAGAGGAUUGUAGGAAAAAGGAUGGGGAAGAAAAUGCGUAGGAGACAAAGAGGAGGUGAAAGGAAGAAGUACAGAGGGUCUUCCCUCAUUGUCUCUCUGCUCUGUUCCCCUACACGUCAUUUUAAGAUCUCAUAUAAUGCAUUCACAUAAAUGUUUCCAAGGCGACACAAAAGCAGUUGAUAUACUUUAUGAAUGGUUUUGAGUAUUCUGUAUAUUCUCUAUAAUAUUUGAAGAUACUGGGAAACAGGGACAGUUGAAACCAUAAUAGAGUACGAAGUAUUCUAACAGACAGUCUGCCAUCAUUGGGGUUGUAUAAAGAUUAUAUAUUGUGCAGUGAAACUGUACCCCAGUCCAUGUUUGGAUAAAAGAAACAAAAUAUUACUCAAGGGGUUAUAAUGGGUAACUGCAGGCUUCACAAAUAUGUUUCUUUUUGGUGUACGAAUUUGAAGUUCAGGUAUUUAUCUUGUAUUGUCACUCUGCCCUGUUCAUCCACACCUAACUUCAGUUCUCAUACGGCUCAUUCUCAUGGCUGUGUUCAAGGCGACACAAAAACAGUCGAUUACUUCAUUUAUGCUUUUGGGCAUUCUGUGUAGUCUCGAUUAUAUUUGAAGGUACUGGGAAAUUGGGUUUAAUUGAAACGAUAGUCGAGCCAACUUUUCUAACAUAUAUUUUACUCCAUAAACAUAUAUAUUCUGCCAUCAUGGAUCCGUAUAAUGAUCAUACAACAUGCUGUGAAAUUCUACCUGAGUCCAUGUUUGGAUGAAUGAGACAAAAUAUUAGUAGAGGGCGUAUACUGGUGCCAUCCAAUCUUCUAGGUUGUUUUCUGGUGAUAGUUGUAACAAUUUGAGAACCACUGGAGGGAUAUGAAGUUAGUAUCAAUAUUAGUUUAGGCAUUUAUCCAUAUUGAAUUACAGCGAUAGAGUGGAAAAUUACAUCCUAGACCAGUCCAGCAACAACAUAUUGCUGACUCAUACCAAUUUUCCAAUAAGGCGAAGAAGAGCUUCCUACCCAGUACUCUGUGAAAACAUUUUCACAUCAAACAAAGAGGUUCAUGGAGCAUCAAAUUUGUGUAUGUAAUCAAGUACAGUACUAAUGACGAUUCUGUCAUAAAUGUAAAUUUAAGAUUCAGAUGCUCAUGCAUCACACUAUUAGCCAAACACAACAAAAGACUAGAGUUAUCACAAAACUAAAACAAACGAAAGGGUUACCUCAACUGGACAUGCCCCUAUUCAUCUGUAAUACAAGAUUUAUCACUCCUAUGCUUUGAAUUGUUAAUGCUAGUAUAGCGGGUUCCUGCUGCUUGUAGACAGGUCCCUCCUGAAAAUGGAGCCAAGUUGAUAAACAUGUAGAUUCUAGUCUGUAGAUUGAGCUUGUGUGGAAUGAUUACAUGAUACAUAAGAGAGUCUUGUCCAAAGGGCUUAUAACAUGUAAAUAAAUUUGUCUUGAUUAAGAUA